AUGGAAUAUAAUAGUUCUUCAGAUGAUGAAUGGGAUUCAUUUUUAUUAGAGAGCCCGAUCUUCAAAUCACGGAAAAGAUAUUGGGUGCAUGAACUUUGGCAACAACGAGAUGAUAGUGGCGAAUUUCAAAAUGUGUGCACUGUUAUAAAAAAUUACCCAUCAAAAUUUUAUAAUUACUUUCGAAUGGAUAUAUCAACGUUUGAAUAUAUUUUAAAUGCCAUAAAAAACGAUUUGACAAAAUAUUCAAAUUUUAGACGCUGCAUUGAGCCCGAAGAAAAAUUAGCUGUUACUCUCAGAUAUUUAUCAACUGGUAUGUCAUUUCGAGCAUUAGCACUUUGCUUUAAAAUGCAUAAUACUACGGUUGGUGCAAUUGUAUAUGAAGUAUGUGACGCAAUAUGGAAUAGACUAUCGACAACACAUUUAUCUAUUCCAACUCCAGAAGAUUUUUUAAGUAUAGUAUUUUUUAGUAUUUAA